CUUAAUUAACAAUAAAAAGCGCUAAAGCACCUGACACAAAAUCAUCGAUGUUAUGUGUGACAAAGCUAUACCAGGGUCACCUGCAUUGAACAUUGGUUAUCAUUUCAUCAGCAGAAUUUUAAUAGCGGGGAAAUUUCACCAUUAGUACGUUACAGUGAUCGUGCACUGCUGUAUGUAUAUGACGUAUAUAGAACGAAGUGAACAAAUUCCAACGCGAGAUCUGUGUUACAACCAGUAGAUCGGAGACACUAGAACACCGUGUACAAGAUGUCGAAAAUGAAAUAUUAUUUUGGUGUAGUGGAUUACAUCCUGUUUGCGGCACUUUUGUUCCUUUCGGCCAUGACAGGAGUCUACUUUGGAUUUAGACAUAAAUUGUACAAAAAGCGAAAACGUGAAGACCUGAAGGAUUAUUUAACCGCUAACAGAAAUCUGAAGCCUUUUCCGGUGGCUAUGUCGUUAAUUGCAAGUUACGUAUCUGGAGUUACUAUGUUAGGAACUCCUGCUGAAAUAUAUAAUUUUGGAGCUCAGUACUGGAUCAUAGUGGUUGCAAUGACUGCCAGCGGUGCAGUGGUGGCGUUCAUUUAUCUACCAGUAUUUACAAAAUUGCGAGUGAGCUCCUCGUAUGAGUAUCUGGAACUAAGAUUUAGUAGGCAUUUGCGGACAAUAGCUUCAAUCUUUUUUCUGAUUGACGAGAUAUUGUUUUUACCCACACUGAUCUAUAUUCCGUCGUUGGCCUUUAGUCAAGUAUCAGGUAUUGAUCAUCAUUUAAUUGGAAUAAUAGCAUGUGCCGUUUGUGUAUUUUACACAAUUCUGGGUGGACUGCGAGCAGUGGUUUAUACGGACACCUGGCAAACUGCUAUAAUGUUUGUUGCUGAUGUAGUCAUUGUUAUUCACGGAGUUGUUGCUGUUGGUGGUUUUAAACCUAUAAUUGAUAUCGGCUUGGAAGGUAAUCGAAUACAAGCUAUCGAUUUUUAUCCUAGUAUGUAUACCCGAUACAACAUAUAUGUUAUGUGGAUUGGGGGGUUUAUGUAUUGGACAGCUUUCAAUUCCGUCAAUCAGACCAUGGUUCAAAGAUAUUUGUCUUUGCCAAACGAUAAACAAGCUAAAUGCUCCGUCGCACUAUUUACUUUUGGUGUUGUAUUUUUUAUAUCUAUGUGUUGCUUUGCUGGACUCCUAGUAUACACCUACUAUCACGACUGCGAUCCUCUUACUUCAGAGCGCAUUGCAACAAGCGAUCAAAUACUUCCUUUAUUUGUCGUAGAAUCAGCUGGACAUCUAAGCGGUAUGCCAGGGUUAUUUGUUGCUGGUGUUUUUGGUGCAGGCUUAAGUUCAUUAUCGGUAGUCCUCAACUCAUCCUCUGUUGUUAUAUUAGAAGAUUUAUUGCAAGGAGCAUUUCGUAUCGAAAUAAAAGAGGAAAGAGCAAGACUUAUUUCUAAAUUUAUUGUUUUGGGAGUAGGCAUUGUUGCUUAUUCUAUGGUUUUUGUAAUAGAACAGUUGGGUGGAAUUUUUCAGGUGGCAACGACUCUUACCGCCAUUAAUGCGGGGACCAUGUUCGGACUUUUUUCUCUUGGAAUGCUGAUACCUUUUACUAAUACAAAAGGCGCUAUAGUUGGUUCCAUCUCUGGAUAUAUUAUGGCUUGCAUUGUAGCUUUUGGUAGUAAUUAUGCAACGACGACAGGGUUAGUUGUGGCUCACAAAUUGCCAGUAUCCGUGGAUGGCUGUCUUGAAAAAUACGACAUUAACAUUACUUCAGUGAAGGAAAUUGAAUAUCCAGAUGAAUCUGGUGUUUUCCCCUUAUUCCGGCUGGCAUUUUUUUGGGUUACACCUAUAGGGUUUUUCACUGUGGUCAUUGUUGGAGUCAUAACUAGUCUUAUAACUGGAAAAACGGAUGUGAAAACUGUUGAUCCCGAAUUAAUAUCACCUAUAUGUCAGCGAUUUUUACCGGAAGAGGCCAAGAAUUAUGCAGGUACAGCUGUAAAGAAAAUUGAACACAAAAGACUUUUGGACCGUAUUCAUCAGAGUGCAUCGUCUGUACGCCUUAGUGUGAGUAGUAGACAACCAUCAGAAGCUCGGCGGCCACGGUGAGGAAAGUCUCCGAACAACGUUUAGUGUUAAUUAAAAGCAAGUAUUCAUAAGUAAUUUAUUUAUAGUGAAAUCUUUUUGUAAUUUAGCAUUGUUUUAAUUUUCCCAUAACAAUAAACUGUAUUAUUCCUA